AUGGUUAAACCAACCUUCCUUGUCUACGCUCUAGCCACUGUGGCUGGUGUCCAGGCGUGCAAGAAGACCUGCACCAGUACCGGCGAAGUGAGCGGACGCUGCAACUAUAAAUGCACCGACGCAUGCCCCGAUCUGGGACCGACGGCGGCCCGCAAUAAGUUUCUUUCUGCCCUCCUGGAGGAUUAUGAUUGCCGAAAAUCGGGAGCUGCCGGUCUAUCCUGCAAGAAGACUGCCGCUUUUGGUUCCUGCGGUUCCCACUACUGGAAAUGCGGGGACGAUUGUUAG